AUGUCGCAGACUUGGGGGUUUAAGCCCAGAUGGAUGGUGGAUGCCUCGAUCGAGCAUCGCAAGGUUAUCAACAACACAUGUUGGAGAAACAUCCGCGACAUGUGCAGCAUUCUGGACCGCGCCUAUGAAUACGUACGGCCGGAAGAUAAGGAAGAAUUCAACCGCUGGCAGAAGUUGUAUCGCCCCCCUGGCGAAAGGCCGCAUCGUCCCCCUUACCAGAGGUCACAUCGCAAUGCCAACACUGCCCAGGGACCCCCCGGCGCCUUGCCCGAGCAGCUUACAGAGCAAGAGACAAACCUCCAAGACGCUUUUGAAGUGAUGAUGGAAGAUGUGGUGCUGGACGGGCCCAGGGAGCUCGAAGAUGCAAUCCAGGGCACCAUGAUUCCACGGACUUUUUCGCUUCAUGACAACAACCCAAGCCAGGAUACCAUGGAUACAUUCAACAGCGAGAGUUCAACUCUCGAAGACGUGUUUCAACUAGAAGCAGAUGACGAGCAUGAAGAAGAAGAAGAAGAAGAAGAAGAAGAAGAAGAAGAAGAAGGAGAGGACACAGACGCGGACUCGUCUCUCGACAAUGGAUCUCAGCUGGAGGGAGGCAUCGCCCUGAGUGCUGCGUCUCAAUCGGACGAUGAUUACUUGUCCUCAGAUGUCACAUCUCAGAUGGACGACUGGACCUCGACACUGACGGACGAGACUUCGGAUCUUUCCUCCCGGCCAGAAGAUGACUACCCCGACCUGGGCAUUUCGCCCGAUACGGAAGAAGACAAUUCGACCCCUACCAUUGUGUCUCGACCUGAAAAUGAGAACCCGGCCUUGGAUGAUGUACUUCAACAGGGCCCAACCAUGCCAGAGACACUACGGGAUAGAAUGCCUGGUCUUCUCAAGGCGAAGCUCGAACGGAACGCAGUUUUUGAACAUGUACUGACUAUGAUGAACCAACCCAGUCUCAAGCCCGCUGCUCGUCACACACAGCCGGCGCCACAGGGUUUCCAGGAGACCUACGACAACGCCAUCAUCCGGAUUGAAGAGCUGAAAAGUCUUUGGUAUUGCGUUCGAGAGACGCAACGUUACGUUCAAAAGCUGGAGAGAAACUACAAGAAUGCCUGGAGGGAUUUAGACGACAAAGCCUGGGUGUAUAGGCACCGAUCGAAGGUGGCCCCGGACUACCAACUCCAGCGCAUGAGGAGCAAAGGUCAAGCGAGCCGCCUGAACGAGUGUAUUGGUAUCGAUGAUCCUUGGCCUGAGGGAGAAUAG